AUGCACCAGGCUGGCCACCAUCCCUGGCCUUCUCCAGCUGUGAACGGCUCAGGGGGUCAAGAGCUCCAGAGGCAACUCCCAGAGGUGCCAGGUGGGGCCUGGGAACCACCGCGAGGGGAUGGGCUGCCCCUGCUCACCGUCAUUGUCGCUGCCUUUGUCCUGCUGGCCGUCUGUAUCGUGGUGGCAGUUCACUUUGGGCCAAGACUACAUCAGGGCCGUGCCACUCUCCCCACAGAGCCACCAACCCCAAAGCCGGAAGGCGGCAUCUACCUCAUCCACUGGCGAGUGCUGGGCCCCCAGGACAGUCAUGAAGAUGCCCAGCGGGAGCCUCCUGUCCCUGGCUCCUGCCCUGUGCCAGAUGGGCCUAGGCUUAGCAUUGAGGAAGUCACAUGUCUGUAG